CUCCAACUAUCCUCACUCGCAUCUUAAUCUUAUUCCAAUCUCUGGGAAAACAUUAAAGGGAGCUAAGUUUGUGAAAGACAAAAUUCACCCUCGAAGUUGCAUCAAUUAAGGAGAAGGUGGAAUAGAAGGGUUUGAGUUACAUGGGUGACAGUGAGAAGGCCAUCAUUAAGGUGGAGCCCUUUCUGGAUGAACAAACUAAUACUACAAAAGUCUUGGAGGACACUGAUGUUGAUAUAGUGAGUUGGACAAAUAAGGGUGAUUUUGCAUCUAACAAAAAUGAGGACCCUGAUGAAACUGAGUAUUCAAGUUCAUUUGCUGACACUACUUCUGAUGCUGAAAAUUGUCCUAGAGUGAGUGAUGCUGAAGUGGAGUCAGAAUUAUUAGGUGAUAAUGGCUUGGCAUGCACGUUUGAUGCUUUUGAUUGUUCAUUUCGGAUGAGGAAGAAGAAGUUGACAGAUCAUUGGAGGAACUUUAUACGACCUCUAAUGUGGCGUUUGAAAUGGACAGAACUAAGAAUGAAGGAAAUUGACUCACAAGCAUUAAAAUAUAGUAAAGAGCUUGCAGAAUAUGAUAAAAGAAAACAUAUGGAACCUGAUCAUUUUACCUUAGAAGAGUGUGGUUCAAAGUCAUUGCCAUUUUCAAGUAACCAGUACAGAAGUAAGGCCAAAAAGAGAAGAAAAAGAAAGAAAGUUGAGGACACAACUGAAAUGGCAUCGUAUACAUCACAACAUUAUCUUUUGUCCUAUCUUGAGAAAAAGAAGUCUGAUCCUGAUGGCUGUUUAGCUGAUGAUUUUGGUAAUCCAGUGACCACAGACCUGUGUGCGGAUUCAACAGACAGGUUUGGCAUUGGUGAAGAUCAAGCUUUCUUUGAGUUCAGCGAUGCUGAUACUUCCUUUGAGCAGCUCCUUUGGAAAAUUGACAAUCUACAUUCUAGAGUCCACAAGCUAAAGAGUCAAGUCGAUUCGAUCAUGGCCAAAAAUGCUUCAAAGUUUUCUUCAUCAGAGAAUUGGAGCAUUCUUCCUCAUGGUGAUAUGCAGACUAGCUCAGCUCAAAGUCCUACAAUCUCUGCAGGGAAUGGAGACACAUCAUCUGUUGGGGCUAUUUAUAAUUCAACUCACCAUGUAGCUGAGUUUGAUUUAGGAGAUUUUGUUAUUCCUGACAGUGCUGUUUCAAGUUAUGGAGAAGUUCCAAUUAUUGUUCCUGAUAUAAUUGAGAGCACUGUGGGCUUAUUGUCUGCUACUGAUGUCACCCUCCAUCCUGCCCUGGCCGGGGACUCAUGUGAAGAUAUGUUAGACAAUGUCUUGAUACAAGAGGUAGCUGAAACAGAGGAGCACACCUUUAAAAGUGAACAUCACCAUUCCAUUGAGAAGCCUCAGGACAUGGAGAAAGGUGAAGAAGGUGAAGACAACCCCAUGUCAGAUUUUAACAUAGCAGCAAAUUCUGCCGUGUCUCAAGAGCAAUCAACUAUGAAGUCUUGCAUAAAUAGUGAUGUAAAUUUUCCCAAAAAUAAAAGAAAGCGUGGGGAGCGCAAAGCUGGAUCAGUUGGUUGGAGCAAGAAAUGCUCAGGGGAACCUGAUAACCAGUGAAUAAGACUUCUCAAUCUGUAGUGACUAUAUAAUUUGUAGCUCAUUUUUUCUCCUUCAUAACUUGACAGAAGUUGUUUUAACUU